AUGAGUGAUCGUAAUAUUUUCACCAGAGAAACAUUUUUCUUUAUGAUUGUUUUUGAAACGAUGAGUAUUGAUGAUGUUAAAGAUAGUUUAUUGUUGAUGAUCGAUUAUAUGUUGAUCGAACCAACACAUCACCCAUGA